GCCAGUCUGCCUGCACCAACCCCGUCGACUCCGGGCGGGGUGAGCAAAACUUGACCUGAGCGCCCCAACACCGCCGCAGCAGCCAACCCAUGGAGUCCACCUUCCUCGCGCGCCCGCUCGCCCCGCCGCUUCGGGUCUCCGCCGCCUUCCCCCGCGCCUCCAGCCGCCCCACCCGCGUGGCCGUCGUCACAGCCGCGGCGCCCGAGCGGAAGACGCCGGGCGCGGUGGCGUCCACCACCAACUACGUCGUGCCGCUCGACGCCGCCCCGUCCGGGAUCACGCGCCCGCUCGUCGAGAUCCUCCGCGACCUCAACAAGCGAGUCCCGGACACCAUCGUGCGACCCCCUUCCCGACGCGCCUCCGCCUCCGAUCCCGUCAUCCCCUGGUACCAUGCCAACAGGAUGCUCAGCUUUUAUGCUCCAGGUUGGUGUGGUGAGGUCCGUGAUGUUAUCUACACUGACAAGGGAAAGGUGACUGUGGUAUACCGUGUGACCGUACGAGGAACAGAUGGAGAGGUUCAUAGGGAGGCUGCUGGAACAGCAUCGCUGAGUGAUGCACGGUUUGAUGAUCCCGUGGCCGCCGCAGAGGAAGCCGCGUUCUGCAAGGCCUGCGCAAGGUUUGGUUUCGGCCUGUAUCUGUACCACGAAGACGAGGCGCCGUAGCAUUCCUCCAUGUUGCGCUUGGCUUGUCGCCAGUGUAUCAGAUUAAGCCUUGCCGAGUCAUCUCUACCUUGAUGGUGUAUGUAUUAUCCGUGCUGCACUGUAAAUAUGGAGAGGCAUAAUCAAGUUGCUAGGCACGCGAGCUGUUGUAAUCUCGGCGCAUUAAGCGUGUGUACUGUUUAUCAAUCUCGGUGCAUUAAGCGUGUGUACUGUUUAUCCCUACCCAAUUUUUGCAUAUCAAUUUGGAACACAAAGCUUGCAAAUAUUUUCAGUUAUAUACAUCUGGUACGGAUUAUGCAA